AGCAGAAGGGUGGGGUGAGAGAGAAUCCAGCGCCCGGGGCGAAGCGGAGGGAGAGGAACAGAAACACCGCGUUUAGCUGAAAUAUUUCAUUUAAAGCUGGUGUAAAGUCGUCGACUCUCUUGAAGUUGUUUUCCUGGAUUAGCUGUGUAGUAGGGGAUGCUGGGUGUGUCAGAAAUGACGGGCAGCAGCAAUAUGGCCAAUGCCCUGGCGAACGCCGCGUGUGAGCGCUGUAAGAGCGGCUUCGCCCCAGCAGAAAAGAUCGUCAACAGUAACGGCGAGCUGUACCACGAGCAGUGCUUCGUCUGCGCCCAGUGCUUCCAGCAGUUUCCAGAGGGACUCUUCUACGAGUUCGAAGGCAGGAAGUACUGCGAGCACGAUUUCCAAAUGUUGUUUGCCCCUUGCUGUCACCAGUGUGGGGAGUUCAUCAUUGGCCGUGUGAUCAAAGCCAUGAACAACAGCUGGCACCCGGACUGCUUCUGCUGUGACAUUUGUCAGGCCGUGUUAGCUGAUGUCGGAUUUGUCAAAAAUGCUGGCCGCCACCUGUGUCGCCCGUGUCAUAACCGUGAGAAGGCUCGCGGUCUUGGGAAGUACAUUUGUCAGAAGUGCCACGCCAUCAUUGAUGAGCAACCGCUCAUCUUUAAGAACGACCCCUACCAUCCGGAUCACUUUAACUGCAGCAACUGCGGUAAAGAGUUGACUGCUGAUGCUCGGGAGCUGAAAGGAGAGCUGUACUGUCUCCCAUGCCAUGAUAAAAUGGGAGUGCCGAUCUGUGGAGCCUGCAGGAGGCCCAUCGAAGGCCGCGUAGUCAACGCCAUGGGCAAGCAGUGGCACGUUGAGCAUUUUGUGUGUGCUAAAUGUGAGAAACCCUUCCUGGGUCAUCGCCAUUAUGAAAGAAAGGGGCUGGCGUACUGCGAGACUCACUACAACCAGCUUUUCGGUGACGUGUGCUACCACUGCAACCGAGUGAUCGAAGGAGACGUUGUUUCAGCUCUGAAUAAAGCCUGGUGUGUCAACUGCUUCUCCUGUUCUACAUGCAACACCAAGCUCACGCUCAAGAACAAGUUUGUGGAGUUUGACAUGAAGCCCGUGUGUAAGAAGUGCUAUGAGAAAUUUCCCCUGGAGCUUAAGAAGCGGCUGAAGAAGCUGGCUGAAACCGUGGCCCGCAAAUAGGCUUGUACACCCACAGGGGGCGCCACAGUGAACUCACCUGUGCUUAAAGGAAUGGAGACCAUGCAUUUCUAUAGCAUUAAUAUCCUUUUGCAUUGCUUCUCACUGGUGUUAGUUCAGUAUUACUUUUAGAUUUGAGGAAAGCCUACAGGAAUGAGUUUCGCUCCGUACGUCUAAUCAGACUGCCUCUUCAUAUAUUAUAAGUCGGGAACCACAAGGCUUUCUGUUUGUUGGAAAUGUAUAUGAAAAAUGUUUAUUCAGUAUAUGCAGUAAGAAGCUUGACUAUGUAUUAAUUGACAUGCUAUAUUGCCUUAAUGCUUUGAAUAACAGGAUACACUGCUUUAUUGCCAAAGCUGUUUGCCUUUAUCUAAUCACGUUUUGUACCGAUAAAGGUCAUACAAAAAAAUGUUUAGACAUUUUACUUUAAAUUAUCUUAUGUAUGCAGUACUGUAUAAGUCUUGAGCACUCUUAAUUUCUUCAUAUUAAAUUAAAUCCUGCUGAUAAAAUUAAAGACAUUUUAACACGUUUUACUGUGACAGGCUGCAAAAGUGCCUACAGAUUUAAUAAUUGAUUUAUAAUAAUUUAUGUAACAACCUCAGCAGCAACCUCAUUUCCCCUCUUAUCUGUUACAACCAACCAGUUAUGUGGUGAUAACUAAUGACUAGCUCGAUCAUCUGGAUGAUGAUCCGCAUCUUUUUCUCACUGCCUUAAGUCAGAUGUGUUUUAAUGCUUAAAUGAUUUAUAGAUCACUUACCAAAAAAAAAAAAACAUUCCUCUAAAAAUGAAAGCCAAUAAGUCCUUCAUGCAGCCUGGAGAACUAAUUCCUCAAGACUCAAUAAAAAACACAAAGUCUGGUUCUUUGGAAGAAAAAUAUGAAGAAUUGUGGGUGUCAAGACUCUUACGCUCUUAAUCACAUGAUAUCAUGCUCAUGUGUGCUUAUCAUUUCAGGAUUUAUUAUUAUUAUUAUCAUUAAUAGUAGUAGUAGGAUCAGGCAUGAUGUACUGUAGUAAGAGUGAUUUAAAAGUGUUCUUUGAAAAAAGUCUUAACAGAUUUUAAGUUGUAAUAUCUUAAAUAUGCAAAAUGUUUUGAACUGAUCACGAGAUGCAAGUCAUCUUUAAAAAAAUCAUCUAAAAAUCCUAUGUCUGUAUAACCUGAUAACGGGCCGUGGGUUAGAAAAAAGUAUUCCCAUUUCUGUUUCAGGAAUGAAAAUUGCAUGUGUUUAAUAUAUAUCAACAUGCUAGAUCAACCUUUUUUUCCCCCUCACAUAAACAAAACAAACCCACAGCACAGUUCAUUAAAAUUUGUCCACAUGGACAUGCAUGACUACCAUGGUUUUAUGAUGACAUGUAUGCACCAAGAGGUUUAAUAUUCUAGCAGCUUUAAGAGCACCAGCUCACCUAGGAUGGUUGUUUUUAAAAGAUCUUCAAACUGCACGAAAAUGUCUUUCCUAAGUCAACCAGGUUGUGACCUUUGAGGUUUUAUGCUUUUCUUGAAAGUUUUUUUUUUUUUUUCCAAGACUUCUAGCUGUUUGUUCACUCUCAGAUUUAAAAUCAGAAGCUUCUCUCCUCAAGAAAGGAAAAAAAAGCUCAAGAUUAAUUCCUACAUAUAGCAGGAGGAAUAAUGGCAAUUAUUUUAGGUGCAUACAUUUUUUAUCACAAAACUGUGUGUCUCGCUACUUCCUGCAUGUCAAACAUGUCAACCUCAUGUCAAAGGUUUCAGCAACACUUAGGAGACUUAUCCCAGCUCUCCUUUAUUUUUAAAUAUAUAUAUUGUACUGUAGAUUAUGUUCUGAAUAAUUCUGUCCAGUUUGACAUUUAAGAUUUACACAGAAUCAAAGUAUUUACAUCUGAGAACAUUAUAUGUAACUAUUGUAAUCAUGCUGUACCAUUUCACUGUAUCUCUCAUAUGCCUUAAACGUAUGCAAAUAAAAUAUGCACUCAUGAUUUA